AUGGAUUCCGUCAUUGAUAAAAUUAACAAAAUCAAGUCUACUGUCUCUGGGGCUCUCCCAGGCAAUCCUGUAAGCAGGGAAUAUGAAUUAGAUAAGCAAGACGUCACCGUCUGGAUUCUUGAAAAGAAACAAUUCGAUGUGGCCAAUAAGGGGCAGAAAGAGUUUAUCUUAGACUCAAUGAGACGUGGAAUAUCGAACCUGACUCGCCUUCGUCACCCCAAGAUCCUUUCUGUCGUGCAUCCAUUGGAGGAGUCUCGGGAAAGUUUUGCCUUUGCUACUGAACCCCUGCUUGCUUCACUUGCUAACCUUAUUGGGGCUACCUCGAAUCUCAGUGAUGCUAUAAUUUGUUCGAUAUCAAAUUACGAAUUUUCGGAAGUUGAGAUUAAGUACGGAAUGCUACAGUUGUGCGAGGCCCUCGGAUUUUUGCACAACGAUUGCCAUCAAGCGCAUUUAAAUUUGACUCCGGCCUCCAUUGUUCUCAAUCGAGUUGGUACUUGGAAAUUAUGCGGAUUUGAGUUCUCUGAGCAAUUGUCUUCAUCAGAUGAAAGUUCUUCAGCUCGAAUACCUAUAUGGACCCAGGACGGCCCACUCUUGACUCAACCGAGCCUGAAUUUUUGUGCUCCCGAGCUUGCUAUUCGGCCAAUAUAA